AGCUUCCCACUGGAUGUGGCCUCCGAGGGGGACACGCCGUCCACCUCCUCGAGGGAGGGGGCGGAGCCCCACCCCCCUGCCCGGGAGGCCCAGCGCAGGGUCCAGGUGAGCGUGCCCAUGGAGGGCUCAGCCCAAGGGGGAGUGAAGAGCAAGAGGGGAAGGCCUCCCCAGAAACCACCCAGGAAACACCCCGGGGCCCAGUCUCGGGCUGCUACGGGGCUCAGCACACCCGGCUCCGACCCAGAGCCCCGAGGACGCAUCCGUCUGAGGCAGCACGAGGACCUGGAGCCCAGCGCGGCAGAGCACACAGCUCUAACACCGGCCUUCAAAUUCAACCAGGCUCCACUUCCAAGACCUGUCCCUACAGAGGUGGUUGCUCCAGAUGCAGGACCCAGGGAUCCACUGAGGGGAGAUCAAGACUUGAGCCUUUCUCUCCCAAAGACACCGGGCCAGCUGGGUACUGGCCAGCACACUGGGCAGAUCGGAGCUCUGUGCCUGCAGGACCCCCAGCCCCAGGCACCGAUGUCGCACGCCCUCAGCCCGAACGUCCACCUCCACCUGCACCUGCACCUGCUCGGGCUUUGGCAGGAGAACCCGAGUCAGGGCAUGAGUUACCACCUCUGCAGGGAGAGCCUGCCCUGGCUCCUGCCCAAGACCCAGAUGUCCACGAUGACUGACCCACCGAUGCAGGGAGAGCAGGCUCCCACUCUGGACAGAGACUCAGAGCCCUUUACCUUUCCAUUUCUAGAAACACCCUGUCCAAGGGCAGGGUUGGCUCUGCAGCCUCUAUCCCUGUCUGCCCCCCAUCGAUGUCAUCAACUUGCUCCCAACACAGGGGAGAGUGAGUGCCCUUCCCCUAAGAGACUUUUCAUUUGGUUUGUCUGGAACUUUCUCUUUUUUUUUUUGGCUUUCUGUAUUUUUUUCCCGUUAAGUUUUUAAAUACAUUUUAUCAUAAUUGUUGCAAUUUGGGAACACUGAGGACUUUGAAAAUACUGUGUAACCAUCACCAAUUUGUAGUGUCAGAACCUUUCAAUCUUUCCACCCCAUCUCCCAAUAAAUUCUGUAUUCAGGUUCCUGUUCAUCCCUCCCCCUGUCUUGAAAAAACUUUAAUCCUGUUCUUUCUUCUUUUCUUCCUAUAUUCUGGGUGUCUCCAAUCAAUGACUAUCAGUGAAAUGAUAGAAGUAGAUUUUCUCUGACUCCCCUCAUGGUGUAAGACUACAUUUCAGAAUUCUUGUUUUUGUUUCAUUUGAAGUACCUUUGGGUAUCUGAAAGGAUGGUGUAGGUACUUUCAAGAUAUCAUUGGCCAAAUGAAGCCCUUUUGGCAAAUGUCAUAAUCUCCAGGCAGGCAUUUCUGUUGUAAGUGUGACAUCUCAACCAGAAGGCAAAUGCUGAGCUCUUCUUGUGGCACAAACUCACAAAAUAAGCCAAGAAAGAGAGCUGGAAAAAGAAACCACAAAAAUAACUGGUAAAGCAUCCCUCAUGAGAGAAGGCUAGAGAAUGACCCAACAUCCUUGUGGCCCCAAAACCCUCAAGGAAAUCAAUGUUCCAUAAAGAAUAGAACACACAGGAAGUCCAAGAAGAGGCCAUGACCAUGGCCAGUGUAGUUUAUAGAUGACCUGCCCACUCAGGAUAAGACACACACCAAUGUAAACCCUUUGCACACAGCAGUGAUGGUCAUCACCAUGGUAACUUUUUCCUCUGGUGACAACCUGCCCUGGGCACCACACGAGGGAGCAGACCUGGUUCUCGUCCUCUGGCCCCACACCACUCCCUCAUGAAGGCAGCUCAGGUGCCAUCGUGCCCUGCCUGCCUGUCUGACUCAUCCAUGAGCUCUCACCACCUCCAGGGCAGGCCUCCACCUUCUCCUCUCUGGGCACCAUGAACCUGCACACAGUGGGCCUUCAGAACCUUAGGAGACUCAAACCAUUGCCAUUAUAGCCAGAACCCUCCACAGGCUUUUUAAUGCACUUUGGCCCGAGCACUGGUUCCAGAACCCUGGAGGCUACAUCAGCCUCUACAGCGUGAAGAGUGAGGUCCUUUUUUACAGAGCUUCUGAGCUGUCAGAUCUGAGCUGUUUUUCAUUGUCAGCUCUGUCCGUCCGGUGGCAGCCAGGCGGGCCAAGCUGCAGACAAAGGAGCUCACAAGCUGAGUUUCAAGGGAGGGAUGGCAAGGACAGCGAGGGAUACAACGUGCUGCAAGCUGAGUGAGGGUCCCCACAAUUCUUGGAAAGGCCUGUGGUGUGCGAGUGGGGAAUAGGGCCCCCAAGGUCCAAAGAAACAGAGGUACUCAGAUGCAAAGGCUGUUGGCUUCUCCUGUAGCAGCUCCACAUGGCAGCCCGUGAACAGUAGUCAGCAAAUGUGGUCACAUGAGGGUGACUCUGUCACUUCCUCAGAAAUCGAGAGAAAGGUGUCAGUGUAAGUGGGAAUCUGGAGGGUGUGGUGGGGUGGAUGAAGAGAGGUGCCCUUCCUCUCCUCAGCGCAAACUGCUUUUGUGAGUCUCAAAGCUACUAGAUGGCAGUUAGCAAGUCAGGCCCCGGCAGUGUCGUGUGGGCUGGGUGCCUUAGCCCGGGUCACAGAGACAACCCACACCAGUGGCUUCCCUGAGUUCAAAUGGUAGAAUCUGAGGGUUCUGUCUGGGUCCACAUCUCCUUGCAGUAUCCAAGGUGCCCCUUCUUUGAGCACCAGUUUCAUCCUCUAGAAUGAGGACAUCAAUUGCUCUCUUAGCAGGAUGCUAUCUUAAUCCUGCGAAGACUAAUUUGGGUUAUCCUAGAAUUAAUAUCUGGUCCGAAGAGCUAUCACCUGAAUCCAGAUUAAAUUGGAGUCUCCCAGUGUGAUCCGGCCUUUCUUCCCUGAAGCCAGCCAAAACCCAGACAGUUGCAUUUGCAGGUCUCCACUUAGCCUGCUGGACAGAAAACCCAGCGAGGUUCAAACAAGCUGACAGACAAGCAGAAGAGGACUCUCGAGCAGACGGUUUCCUUCAGGUCUCAGGAGGAGCUCCGGGUCCACACCAGGAACGGGCGCUCUCAACACCUGGGCUCAGCAGCGCCCUCAUCCUCAAGACGGCGACUCUGUCCUGAUGGGAGCUGGAAGGCCACCAACCGCCCCAGGCCGACCUCACACCCCUCCCACUGCUGUAGACUGACAUCAUCCGGCC